CACACACCUCACACACACACACACCCACACAGCAUACAGAAGGCUGGGGGAGCUUAGUCAGCACGUCCCCCGCUCACUCACACACUCGUGUUUGUGUAUGGAGCUGUGGCAUUCCUAGAGACCAUCUCUAUCUCUCACUCUCCUCUGUCUGUCUCCCCCUUUUUCACCUGUCCUUUACUUUACAUUUGGUUGUGCUCUCUCCCUCCCUAUUUCCCUCUUUCCUUCUCCAUCUCAUUCUCUAGGUUUUCUUCUGUUCUGCCUAUUGCUGGCAGCUGUCUGGGAGAGAUGUGUUGAAGAAGAGAGAUAGAGGACAGGUCAGAUUGCUGUUGACACUGCAGAUGUUUGGACUAGAGGUUUCCCUCAGGGCUAACUGAAGACAAGACAACAACACUGCAGGCACCUGACACACAGCUCUUUAAAAAAAUAUCCUUUCUAGAUAUCAAUCGGUUCCUUAAUCAUUUAUAUUGGUCCUCCUUUUUGGUGCUUUUCCACGGGUGCUAUUUUGGCAGCCUCUACGAAGAGAAAAUGAGGUCCAGGUUUUCUCAAGCUGCUCUGCAGCCCUUUAUUCUAGGAGUGUUCCUGUCACUGGUGGACACCAAAGGAACCUUCUAUGGAACAGGCCAUGGGAACCCGUUCUUUGGAGGAAGUCAUGGCAACAGAUACAACCUGUACAAGGCUGGAGUCAACCCACACUACACCCCAGGAAAACCCAUGACCCGCCACAAAAACCACUGUGCGUAUGUGGUCCAGAAGAACAUCACGUGUACGAUGCAGGACGGUAUGGCCACUUACGUAACGGCAGAGUACACAACCAAGUGCAUCUGGGGGCAGAAGUGUCCUGUCGUCAUGUACCGGACCUUCUACAAGCCUAAAUACAAGGUGGGUUAUAAAACCAUCACUGAGCUGGAGUGGAGGUGCUGUCCUGGCUACUCUGGAGAGAACUGUUACGAUGGACCCACUUCCCUGCCCGAUAUGAUGCCCCCCUUCAGGGGUGGUGCCCCCCACCGCCCAGGAACGAAGGGAUACCCUCACGGGCAGCCCAGACCCCCCUUGGACCACAAACCUGUCCCUGGGAGGCCCUUCCCAAAUCAGCCUGAUAGUAGACCCAUUCCCACUGGACAACUUCCCACUGGGAACGGCAAACCCAACUAUGGUUAUAAGGUUGGUGUUAGUGGAGAGCGUCUGGACCGUAUGGAGGUGGACCUGCGUCGCCUAACCCAGGGUCUGGACAUUCUGAACGGGGUGGUGGCUGGCCUGGAGGACCGUCUGCGCCUCUCUCUCCGGGAGGAUACCACAAAGAUGCUGGGCUCCCUGCUCUCCAGUGCCCCCCGUCUCUCUGACUCUUCCGUUGGCUUCGGGGUUAUCCCAGACGGGACCCCAGACGGCCUGAAGGGGGGAGAGGGUUUCCCCGGGUUUGGGGAUCUGGCUGGGAGGGUGACGGAGGUGAAGGAUGAGCUCAGAGCCAAGGGACACAUGCUGGAGGAGAUACAGGGUAUGGUUCUGGGCCAUGACUGGGAGCUGAAGAGGAUGUUGGAGGCUGCGACCGGCAGGCCCAUCCCUGGAUCGGGCUCUCCCUCCAUCAUGGAGCUGCUGGAUGCUAAGCUUGCUGGCGUCCGCGCUGAGAUCCUGGACGGCUUCGAGAGGCGUCUGUCUGGCCUGGAGAACCACUGUGAGGAGAGGAUAGGAGAGGUCCAGAGACAGUGUCAUAAUGAACACAUGAACGGACAGGAACAGAUUCAGCAGUCACUGGACAGCAGAGAGACUGGCCUGAGAGAGGAGCUGGGUACUCUGCAGGCCCAAAUACAGGGACUGACCCUCACUGAGAGCUGCUGCGGACAGGUGAACAGCCUGUCCCAGCGGGUGUUGAUGCUAGAGGAGUCAGUGACGGGGUUAACGGAGUCUCAGCGCCAGCUCCAGGCUGCUCUCACUGACCAGACUAUCCACAUCGAGACCCUGAUAGAGGCCCGUCUGGAGAACAUGGAUGCCCGGCUCAAUGCCACAGAGUCUGGGGAAGUAGGGGUUGCCGGGGUGCCUUGGGAGCUGGAUGGCUUCAAGACCCUGGAGGACAAGCUGAAGACCCUGGAGAACAGGGUGUUUGUGGCCGUGGAAGAGCUGAGAAACGCCACCACCCCAGCUCUGCUGGAGGGUCAGGUGGUGCCUGCCCUGGAGACAGAGAUCGAGUCAGUCAGGAGGAGGGUGGAGGGAGACCUGGACGGCAUUCAGAAACAGCUCACAGACCUGGAGCUCCUCUGCACCUCCUCCUGCUCCCCCGCAACUACCCCUGAAGGAGGCACGGGGACAGGCCUAGCAGAGGAGAAAUGUGGGGAGGUAGAGAAGAAGGUGUCAGGUCGUCUGGACUCCCAUGCCGACCAGCUAGACCAUCUCAACACCACGCUGCAGACCCUUCUGAACCGUAUCGCCCAGGAGGAUCAGGAAGGCUCUGUCCAAGGAGAGAUCACCCUCCUCAAAAUCAAUGUCAACUCUGUCAACCGCACCCUGAAGGGUCUGAGGGACUCGGUUAGCUUGUUCACUAAGGGAGUGGGCCAAGCUAAUGCCACAUGGACACACAGGGAGAACCAGCUAGCCACCGAGGUCCAGGGCAUCACCCAGCUGGUGGGGCGCCAGGCCUCCCUCCUAGGGGCCGGGGAGCGCCGAUUAGCCCAGCUGAAGGGGGAACUGGUGGGCCUGAGGAGGAGGCUGGCCGGAGAGCUGCAGGGCUGCUGGAGCACGGCCCUUGGGGUUCAGAGGGAGGUGAAGGAGGUGGAUAGUCGUGUGUCCCAGGUGGAGGGACAGUGUGGCAGCCUGGGGGAGCUGGCGGACCACCUGGAGAGGAUCAGAGCAGAGCUGGAGAGACACUCUGACUCGUACCUGUCACAGGUGAAUGGAACGCUGGCCAGUCACUCUACACAGCUAGCCGAGCUGAAGGGAGAGAUCAAAGACUGUGUCGGGAAGGGCUCAGCCCAUCAUAGGGGAGACCAGUAG